GUAUCUUGGGGUGGAGUUGGACGCCUCCCUAAUGAGAGCACGUUUGUCGCCUGCAAGGGCGGCAGAUCUCUCCAUGGUGAUCUCCCGUGUUCAACCCCGCAAGAUCGUGAGAGCCCGGUUAGUCAUGAAACUCCUGGGCAUGAUGUCCGCAGCCCAUUCAGUGGUGCCGCUAGUUUUGCUGCGCCCGAGGCGCUUGCAACGCUGGUUCGUCCGCCUCCGGGUACACCCGAUACGUCAGAAGAGACGUAUGUUGAGGAUUCCCCCUUCAGUGGGCGGGGACCUCGCUCACUGGGGGAACCCCUGCAUCCUCUCACGCGGGGUUCCCAUCGGACGUCCUGCGUCACACAUAUCUGUGUUUACGGAUGCGUCACUGUCGGGGUGGGGGGGCACGUGCUUGUCCCAUAUGGUGGCAGAUCGCUGGCCCUCCCACACGCACGAGCACAUAAAUGUGUUGGAGCUUAUGACAGUGAGGAAUGUGAUCAGACACUUCGCCGCCCUUCUCGAGGGCCGUCAUGUCGAAGUUCACACAGACAACCGGGUAGCGGCAGCCUACAUAAAUUGCCAAGGGGGAGUUCGAUCCCUCCCACUGUUGCGUGUCGCCACAGAUUUACUGUGUUGGACACAUGUCCACCUGCUGUCCAUCAGAGCCAUCUACAUUCCGGGGGUACUGAAUGUAGCGGCAGACAUCCUGUCGAGAGGGGGACCCCGCGGCUCCGACUGGCGUCUACAUCCUGCACUGAUAUCACAGAUCUGGAUCAGGUUCGGGGAACCGUCUGUGGAUCUGUUCGCAGCUCGCGAAAACGCUCAGUGUCGCCUGUGGUUUUCCCUGAGUCCCCGGGACGGACCCCCGCUCGGGGUGGACGCCUUCUCACACCAGCCCUGGCCUCGAACGCUCCUUUAUGCGUUUCCACCAGUCCCUCUGAUUCCCCGUCUCCUGGACCGAAUUCGGUCAGAACAGCUCUCGGUGAUUCUGGUGGCUCCCAGACGCGUGUCCGCGUCAUGGUUUCCGGACCUGCAAGUGUCAUACGGGCAAAGUCUGUUUUAUUGUGGUUUUCCUUCUAGUGUGGUGUGUAUUCUUUUUUAUUUAGUUUAGUGCAUGGAAUGCUUUUAUUUUGGGGAACCCAGGAAACUGGGAGGGUGUGUGAUUUUACUUUGAUGAGCUUGGACAGAUGACAUCCGGACCGGAGCAAUUAUCUGCACCGGUGGCAGAUUAGGAGCGUCUGUUUUUUGGUGAAGACGGUGGCAGAAAGCAGAGAAUCGCCGGGUGAAAGGACACCGAUCGUCUGUGACGAGGCUUCAUGGAGAUGUGGGCAGGGUAUUCCUCUGCCCUGGCGUGUGGACCCGCGACAGAGGAGGACGACAGCGUGGCGCGGUGACGCGGCCGAGCCAGUGACUGAUCUGCAGGAGGAAGCGGCCGAUCGAGGGAAACGGCGGUGCGGCAGACGCGCGUCUUGAAGGAGGAGGCGAGCUAUCAGGGAAGAGGAAACCAGCGCGGCAGACAAGCGUCCCCAAGGAGGAGGAAUCUGCCCCGCAGCGUCCAGAUAAGGCUGCAGACUCUCCGGCCCAGUUCUGACAACCGUUUAUAGUGACUGUCCUAACCUGGUUUUUUUAAAUGAUGUUUUAAUUAGAAUUUUCAAUAAACCCCGGUGCGGUGGUUAAUGGCUGAUUCCUUUGAUCUCUGGCAGACGCUCUCAAUUUACCUGGUGUAAUCCUUGGGUGGGAUUUUGUAUUUGGUAGAUUUAUAAUAUAGCCCACCCACCCGGUAGGAAGGUGCCACACAAGCGCUAGUGUCCGGCUC